CGGACCAACCCCUUCCUGCUGCGUCGUCAAUCCCCGUCGCCAUGGCUCGUUGUUCGCUGUGGGGCUCCAAUUCAUCAUCGCUGCAUCGAGCACUUCCUCCUCUCCGCUCGGAAAUGGCUCCUCUCUCCCUUCUGAACUGAUUCAUCCUGGCUUCCAAUUUGCCAUCCCUGCGUACAAAACAUUAUGGCCGAUGGUGUAUUCCGAGCGCGACACGCUUGCCUUUCUUUCCUUUGAAUUAGAUUUGUGCGAGAGGGAGAGUUAGGCGGGUACAGAGAAGGGUGAGUCUGCAUGCGGUUUGGCGGGGUGAGGGGGCUGCAUUGUUGCGUCGCGACGUCAGGAGUCGUUGGACAGUUGCUGAGGUUGUUGCUCGUGGCGGGAUUGCAACGGGCGAAGGAGUGGAGGCUGAUUUUGGAGAGGUUCGCGGGGGUGUGAUUCGAAGUGAACGGGAAUUGGCUCGUGGAUUGAAGGCUUUCCUUUCUCUCGGAGUUGAUCAACCAUGGCGUCGCUGUCUUCAUUACGUUUGACUGGGGCAAUGCCCUGUGUUGCUUCAAUCAAGACGACCUCGUUGUUGUCGACGUCGGAAAGCGCAGGAUGCAAUGGAGUUAAGCAGUCGACUAUGAGUCACUUGACACAGAAUUCAAGCUAUUCUGUUCCUGCUCCAGGACAUUUUGCAAGAAAUACAAUGUCAUCGAUUCCCCCCUCAGGAUCAUCGUCAGCGCCCCCACUUCGGGCUGUAUCUAGCAAGGUGGCUGCAGAAGCGAGUGAUGUGCCUUCCAUGUUUGAACCGAAAUUGGAAAGUGAUCCAAUCAAGCUAUGGAAUAGGUAUGUGGAUUGGCUGUACCAAGACAAAGUGCUAGGGCUCUACUUGGACGUGAGUCGAAUUGGAUUUACAGAUGAGUUUUACGAGGCCAUGCUGCCGAAGUUCGAGAAAGCUUUCAAGGAUAUGGCUGAGCUUGAGGGCGGUUCAAUUGCGAAUCCUGACGAAGGACGCAUGGUUGGACAUUACUGGCUUAGGAAGCCUGAACUUGCUCCCACGCCAUUCCUUCAGAAGUUAAUUACUGAUACACUUGACAGAGUUCAGAGUUUCGCUGAUGACGUUAUCAGUGGAAAGAUAAAGCCACCCCCAACACCUCAAAAUCGCUUCACUCAAGUUCUCUCGGUUGGUAUUGGAGGCUCUGCGCUGGGUCCUCAAUUUGUUGCCGAGGCCUUAGCACCUGACAAUCCCCCUUUGAAGAUACGUUUUAUUGAUAACACUGAUCCCGCUGGCAUCGAUCAUCAGAUAGCUCAGCUCGGCCCUGAGCUUUCGUCGACUCUUGUUCUUGUAAUCUCAAAGAGUGGAGGGACGCCAGAAACUCGAAAUGGUUUGUUGGAAGUGCAGAAAGCCUUCCGAGAUGCAGGCCUCGAUUUUUCGAAGCAGGGUGUUGCUAUCACCCAAGAAAAUUCUUUGCUGGAUAACACUGCUAAAAUUGAAGGUUGGUUGGCGAGAUUUCCCAUGUUUGACUGGGUAGGAGGUCGAACAUCUGAAAUGUCUGCCGUUGGAUUACUUCCAGCUGCUCUGCAAGGCAUCGACAUACACGGAAUGCUAGAAGGUUCUGCGGCUAUGGAUGAAAGCACAAGAAACCCAUCAGUAAAACAAAAUCCAGCUGCACUUUUGGCCUUGUGCUGGUAUUGGGCAACUGGCGGAAUGGGUUCUAAGGACAUGGUUGUGCUACCCUAUAAAGACAGCCUGCUACUUUUUAGCCGCUAUUUGCAACAACUGGUGAUGGAAUCCAUAGGAAAGGAGUUUGACUUAGACGGCAACAAGGUGAAUCAAGGAAUUUCUGUGUACGGAAACAAAGGAAGUACUGACCAGCAUGCCUACAUCCAACAACUGAGGGAAGGUGUCCCCAACUUUUUUGCUACUUUCAUUGAAGUGCUUCGAGACAGGCCCCCUGGUCAUGACUGGGAACUAGAGCCAGGAGUCACGUGUGGUGAUUAUCUUUUUGGAAUGCUGCAGGGGACAAGGUCAGCUCUGUAUGCAAACAAAAGACAAUCUAUAACCCUGACAGUGGAAGAAGUAGAUCCCAAGACGGUUGGAGCAAUGGUUGCGCUCUAUGAGCGUGCUGUUGGGUUUUAUGCAAGUCUUGUGAACAUCAAUGCUUAUCAUCAACCAGGUGUGGAGGCAGGAAAGAAGGCUGCGGCUGAGGUUUUGGCUCUUCAAAAGAGAGUUCUCGCAGUAUUGAACGAUGCUAGUUGCAGGGAUCCUGUGGAGGCCCUCACAGUCGAGGAGGUGGCGAAGAGGUGUCAAGUUCCUCAGCAGGUUGAGAUGGUUUACAAGAUUAUUUCUCACAUGGCUGCAAAUGACCGAGCUGUAUUUGCCGAAGGUGACUGUGGAACUCCAAGAAGUGCGACUGUGUACUCAGGAGAGUGUGGGGUUGAUGAUUUGUACGAUGACUAGAAUUAUCUCUUUUUCUGAGCUCUCAAUGCUCUACCGUAGAGCGCAUCAUUUGGUUCUUACCUUUUCCAACAUUUUGUACACCAUUUUAAAACUUGAAUACGAAAGGCUGGGUGCCUUCCAUUCUACUUCACGUUA